AUGAAUAGUGAAGAUUUUUAAGUAAGUAAAUAAUCAUUGACAUAUCUCAUCUACAGAGGAUAACCACAAUUUCAAUUAUUUUAAGAAUUCAAAAAGUUGAUCUAAGAGACACCUGAGAUAUAACCUUAGAUUAUCCAUAGUUCUUUAAAUUUGAAUGAAUAACAUAAUAUAGAUCUCAUUCAAGUAGAUAGAUUAACUAAAUUUAUUUAAAGCAAAGGAGGUUUAUAUUAAGCUGAAUCUUAUGUUUAAUACUUUGGGGAUUUUGUUUCUCCUAAUGUCUAAAGAUUUUUUUAGAUUUAAUUAUUAAAUCUAAGGAUCCUAAAAACAAUCACCCAAAAUAAGGAGUUAUAGAAUUUGCUUGCAUAAGCUAAUACUCUAAAAGUCUCACUUUCAUUGUUAUCAAAUGAAUAAGCAUUUAAUGGAUCACUUUAAUUGAGUGAAUUAUCUACAUCAAUCUAAUUUGAAAAUAAUUAAGCAACAUUAUAUAGUAAAGAAGGAAUAUACAAAAUUGGGAAUAAUUAUUAAGGCAAAUUUGGAACCCAUGCUUUAGUUACUUGUAAAAAUUAAGAUAAGAUUUACUUGGCAUUAAUAUAAUUAAAAGAUAACAAAGUUAAAGAGAAAUGGUUAGGUAAGACUAUAUCAAUAUAUUAAAAUUAUGCUAUUUAAUUUGAAGGAUCAAAAGUGAUGAAAUAUAUAGAAUUAAAUUAAGAGGAUCUUGAACUUAUAGAAUAAUGGGAAUCUCAUUAAGGAUUUGAGGAUUGUUAAAUUGCAUUAAGAGAAAUUAUGAGAUUGACAGAUAUUUGUUAUAAGUAUUGUUCAAUGAGAAAAUAAUUCAGAACAACAGAUGAUAAAACAGAAAGACCAAUUUUAACUUAUUAAGUUACAUUAACAAGAUUAAUUAAUGCUAUUUCAUUUGCUGUCAUGUUUUAUAUCAGUGUUUAAGAAGCUAGAAAAGAAUUCUUUUAGGAUGUGUUUAUGAAAAAGGCAAGAAGAAAAGUAAGUAAAAAAUUUGUUGAUUUCUUUUCUCUUUAUAUUACAGAACAUAGUGUAUAUGUGGCAGAAUAAUUAAGAGAUGUCUUUGGAGGAUUUGGUUUUCUCAGAAUAUCAGGAAUCCCUCAAAUCUAAGAAAAACUCAUAUGGUUAUCUUCAUUUUAUAAGAAUAAUAGAAUAUAAAAAUAAACAGAUUAUUUAAAUACUAUUUUAGAUAUUGAAAAAGUAUUUAUAAAUAUAAUAUAUAUCUUUAGAAUAAAUAAGUUGUACUUUAUUAUUUGGGAUAAUAUUUUAUGGGAGAUCCAGUUUCAAUGUUUGCAGAACUUGGACCUUUAACUUAAAGUAAUGUAAGUAAUCCAUUUCAUGUAUUUGGUUAUCAUGUUGCAAAAAUAAAAGAGAAAUUAUUAUAAUAAGAACAUCUAAAAUAUUCAUAUUCAGCCUAUUAGUUUUCCUAAUUGACUUUUGAACUAUUUGCUUCUUAAAAGUUCUUUGCAUUACUGGCAUUCAGAAGAUAUAGAGCUUCUAAUUUUAUUUUAGAUAGAUUAUUAUUAAAUUAGAAUUUUAUCUCAUUAUCCUUAAUGGAAACCAAUAUAACAAAUAUUAAUUUAAUUAAAUAAUAAAUUGGAUAAAAUGCUUAAGAAUUGUUGACAGUAUUAAAUUUAUUAAUUGAUUCUUAUGAGUUUGAACAUUAUGGAAUUUUAUUAGGCUAAAAUGAUUAAGAAACAUUUUAUUAAAAAGUAAUUAGAAACCAAAUAAUCUUAGUUAAUCCAUGCUAGUAAAUACGAAAACAAUAGAAAUAUAGAAUAAGUUGUCAACGAGAUAAGAUUACCAGUUUAAGAUUUAUUCAAUAGACCAACAUUAUGA